UUCUUCCCUCUUGUGUGCCCUCAUCGUUUUCAUGGAGUUCAUCAUUCGAAACGUAGAUUUUGGAGUGACUGAAUACGAGGUCACAAAACAGAUCGCAGAGGUUCUGCAUGCGUGCCCCGGCCCAUUUGUGUCGGAUGCCGAUGCGCAACAGCGUCUCAUCAACUUUAGAGUCACACUCGAAAAGAACGAGUGCGGAGGCGUUCGGAACAAAGGCUUCGGGUCACUUCAGCUGCCCUCUAAGGACGUAGGGCUGAAAUUCCGUCGGCUUGUUGACGGCGAAGAUGGUGUCACCAUCAAGGUCGGCAAAAAGCGUCUGAAAUUCAUCCCUACAACCAAGCACAUCCCAAACAAUAUGCUAGUCACCCUCGCAAAGGCCCCCUAUGUGGACCCUGAUAUCGCUCAGAAACGGCAGGAGAAGAUCGAUGCCUUAAGUUCUGAUUUUCGAAUCGCUUUACUACAAAUCGGCACAUUCUAUCGCCCCCAAGGUGCUAGCCCAUCAGACCCACGUGCCUUCAGUGUGGAAUGGCAGUCCAAUCUUCUCGACGGGCUUGGGUGGUUGAACUUCGAAUACGAACACAAACUAAUCCGUGCGAAGGUUGGUGAUCCGGCGCGAGGCGAAUUGUUAUACAGCCUUAUCGUUACCUUCACCAAUAUCAACAAAAUGGCUGUGGGCUAUGACUUUGGUAAUCAAUACAUAUGCUUCGAUUUGUUCACACCACCGAUCGUCGAACGAGAGGACUUUAACAGAACCCUUACCGGAACAUACUCUGAUAAGAAGAAUUAUCGCGAACGUGUUGGUGCUAUACAUCCAGGUCACGCGCAAAUUGCUCCGUACGCUCACCACAUACGCAUCAUCCUCUCCGAACGAGGAGAUCUGGAUAAGUUCCAGCAGUUCUGUAAAAUCGCAGAGCUUCGUCCUCCGGUCUCCGGAGUCAGCAUCGAAGCUAACUGCCAGGGAUUUUUCACGAGCAAAAAACUGGCUUUGGUGCAAAGAUGGUUGAUAUCAUUGAGCUCAAACUGGCCUGUAGCGUUUCAGAUCGAGGCCCUACUCCGAAAUGGUGUUGCAAAUACAAAGGAACUCGAGGAUUUGCGCCCUAGGAUCGAUGAGCUGAUUCGGCGUCACCGGCCAUUUGCUGCAGCCAUCAUGCGAUACUUUGUGAAAAAAGCUGCGGCUCGUCCUUCAGGCCAAACAAUUCACAAGUGCUUCGAGCUGGUGGUACAGGAGAAGCUCGGGAAUGUCCGGCCCGAGGCGCCUGCUGGCCGCUUUUAUUGUCAUCGUGUUACAGUCACUCCGACUCGGCUCAUUCUCGAAGGGCCCAACAUACUGCAAUCGAAUCGCGUUAUUCGUGAGUACGAAGGCUAUGAAGGCAACUUCAUUCGAGUCGACUUUCGUGACGAGGAUCGUCUCCAGUAUCGCUGGGAUAGGGAAGUAGAUGGGGCGAGCUUCGUCAGGCACCGCGUCGGAGGCUUGCUGAAGGAUGGUUUUGAGCUUGCGGGAAAACAUUUCGAUUUCUUAGCAUAUUCUUCCUCUGCAUUGAGGGAGCAUGCUGUUUGGUUCGUUAGCUCCUUCCAGCACGACACCAAAGGACUGGUCACCGCGCACACGAUAAGAAGUAGCUUAGGAGACUUCGGCGGAUGCAUCCAUUCCCCCUCGAAGUAUGCUGCCCGGAUGGCUCAAGCCUUUACGGCGACAGAUCCAUCGGUCAAGAUCCACCGCUCGCAGUGGUCGGAAAUGCCUGAUAUCGUCGAAAACGGUGUUAUGUUUUCUGACGGUGUCGGCACCGUCAGUGAUGAACUUGGUGAUUUAAUCUGGCAAACUCUCUGCAAUGCUCGGCGGGAUGGUGGUGCGCAUGCAGUGAAACCUUCGGCUUACCAAAUCAGAUUCCUUGGCUUCAAAGGUGUCGUGGCUAUUGACAAGCAACUCAAGGGAAUCCAACUUUGCCUGCGAGAAAGUAUGAACAAGUUCAAGGAUCAUGGAGAAGAAUAUGCUAUGAUAGAGAUUGCUCGUCCCGUCGUAAAACCCAACACUCCUCAUCUUAACAGACCUUUGGUCACAGUUCUAGAAGACCGAGGUGCCUCAAAAGAUACCUUUAUGGAGCUGCAGCAAAAGGUUGUUGCGGAAGCACGCACAGCUCACGACUCAGUCAAUCUCUUUGCGGCGCUCUUGGAAAGCCACGGAUUGUCUCAAUCUUUCCGACUGGCAUCGACGUUACGGAGACUUAACACCCUCGGUCUAGAGUUGAGCCCUACACAUCUUCAACAGAACAUUGACACCCCCUUUCUGGCACAAUUACGAGCCUGUGCCAUCAACCACGUACUGCGAGCAGUCAAACAUGAUGCACGCAUUCCAAUUCCUAACAGCUACAUGCUGAUGGGUGUCACGGAUGAGGGGCCUGCCUACGAGAAAAAAGGCCACACGAACGUCUUCAAGCUGCCUCCCGGUAAGAUAUAUGCGUGUGUUCACAAGCCAGGGGAUAAUGAGCCCAUAUGGCUUCAUGGGCCUUGUAUGGUCUCGAGGAGUCCUGUCAUACAUCCAGGCGACGUUCAGCAGUCAUAUGCCAUCGGAAAACCUCCGAGUGAUAAACUCUGCCUUUUUGGCCAUCUGAAGAAUGUUGUUGUAUUUUCAUCCACUGGCGCAACUUGUUUGCCAAACUCGCUCGGCGGUGGCGAUCUUGACGGCGAUCUCUAUGAGAUUAUACAGCAUCCACCCUUGAUCCUCCCAGAUCAUUAUGAUCCAGCGUCUUAUCCUUCGGGGAAACCUUUCACGAUCGAACGACCCAGCACAAUUGAUGACGUGUGUAAUUUUGUUGUGGAAUAUAUCAACUCAGAUGUUGUGGGGCUGGUGUCCGACAAGCACAUCACUAUUGCAGAUCAAGCUAGCGACGGAACGUUCAACGAGGCAUGCCUGAAGCUUGCUGCCCUUCAUAGCCAAGCUGUUGACUAUCCAAAGAACGGAUGGAAGGUCAACAUCGAAGAUAUUCCUCGCAGCCUCAUCCCCUACAAACCUGAUUGGCAUGCAGCAGAGGUGGAAUCUCCCCGACCAACAGAUUAUUACGAGUCCGACCGGGCCUUGGGCCACCUAUAUCGCAACAUCAAGCUCGACGAUAUACCCACUUACGUUCCUCAGCAGCUAAAAAAGCCACUGAGUGAUGUUAUCUCCGUUACACUUCGUCCUUUAGUUGAACGACAGCUAAAGCGUCGUGAGAGACCUUCGACACUCGAGGUCUCAAUGAAUAGUAUAUACUCGGCAUACAUGGACGAACUCAUCUACGUUGCAACCUGUCACACACUCUCACGAGUGCCCGGUGCGCGCCUGCUCGAGGAGGAGAUCGUCGUCGGAACUAUCCUUGCAAAGUGUUCUCAAAAAGGAUUUAAAAAUGAUCGGACAUAUGCAAUGAGAGAAUGCAUUUCGGUCCUCAUUCACGAUAUUCGAAACAGAAUGCUACCGGAGAGUAUGAAGAACGCGUCGCUCGACGAAGUGCGGGAUGGCUUAGAGAACGGGUGGUCUGCUUGGGCGCUGAGUCACGAGAAGUACAAAGAGAGUCACGAGAAUGGAAAAGAGAGUCGCGAGAAUGGAAAAGAGGGUUAUGGCGCGCAAAGUUUUGGUUUGGUUGCGUUGGGAAUCGUGCUGGACUGCCUGGAGCAGUUGCAGGAACUGCCCUCAACAUCAGCUUAGGAUAUCGAUAUCAUUGUACAAUGUAUAGGCUCAGUUCGUACUUAGAGGAGUACUAGGAAAGAUGGCACCGAUGAGUUAUUAGGUCACAUGA